GCAAAUGCAAGCAUAAAUUCUUAAUUCUUUGCCGACAUUUUCAAGCUCUGACAGGAAUUUGUUUUACAAGGGAUAUUAAAAUAGUGAAUUACUUUUUAUGUUCCCAUUUUAUGUUCACCACACAAAUUUACCUGUUCAAUAAUAAUUUUGGUAGCUUGUUUAAAAAAUCAUUUUUAAAUCUUAGAUCGCGGCUUUUAACUUCUUUGAUCGAUAAAAAUGACUUCAGUUGUUUCAAUUUAACUUUCAUCAUUUGGCUCUUAAAAUCUGGAAAAAAAACCUGGUAGUUAUUUUGACAAUAAACAUCUUUUUCUUAUUUUAUGAAAGAAACAUUUUUUACAUUAAUUUUACAUUUAUGUAAGUUUUCUUUGCUGCUAUUGAAAGCUUUCAGAAAGUAAUUGAAUCGUUCGAUCAUGGUUCGCAGUGAAAACAUCACGCAUCGUUUAAGUUAUGGCGUGUGACUUGUUUUUCAAACGAAUUCAAAACAAAAACAUCGUUCUUAGUACCUGGAUUCUAAAUUUAUUACCAUUUGUUAUUUUACGCCAACAAAACUCACCUAGUUUUCUCAGUUUGAUUAUACACUCGAUCAGUUUUUGGCUAAUUAACUAACUAUUUAUCUUUUAUUUAUACGUUCUAGAGUUAGUUCAUACACCUGAAAAAAUCUCGAAAACCUUCAGUUUUCAGUUGUCAAAACUGCCAUUCAAAAAAUUUGACUGAAAAAAAAAACGUCGCUGUUGCAGAGAAAUUCAAUCUCUGUGCAGUUUUUUUCAGACUGGACAAAUUCAGUGGGGAUUGAAUCCCGGUAUUUGUUUAAAGGAAUUCAUUAGGCAUUUAUAAUAACCUAUAGACAGACAUAUCUGAAUAAUUAACUGUAGCAGACAUGGCUUUACUACCUGUGCUUAACUGCCAAUCUUCAGCCAAGGUAUUGAUGCUUUUAUUACUUGUGGUCGUGCAAAUUGUGUGGACAGAGCCAGUGGCCAAGAGAUCCACAUCUAAGUCAUCGUCCGGUGGUUGUGGCGGAACUCUGACAGGUGUAGGGGGCGUGAUCGAGUUCCCCUAUGGACUGACCAGCACUCAAAGUUCACAAGUUCACUGCACAUGGAUAAUCAUGGCUCCUGAAAGCCACUACAUCCUUUUUCACGCGGAGAGCUUCAGUAUUCCUAAGGAACGCUUUUCAGAAAACUGCAAUGAUGCAUCGUUGAGGUUUUACGACAAGAAGCAGAGGUACCUCAACAUAGUGCCAAGUGCAUGUGGGGAGGAGUUGACCCCGAAACUUCUGGCUACGAACCUCGUCUCAAUAGAGUACGUGGAAAAGACAACUGAUUUUCAACUGAAACGAAAGACUCACUUCUCUAUUGUAUGGACAGCAUACCACGCAGAGGCCACUUGCAAAGCGAGUGAGAGUACUCAAACAGAAACAGUGGCUCUCAGCCGAAAACGCAAGCGACGUCAAAAGAGGUCGACUGCGAGGGUCUCGUUGCAGCCAGAUCCCCCCGUCAACAACAACAACAAGAAAUACAGAAAGAGAGUGGUAGCUGACGAAAGCGAACAAGACAUUGAGAAUGGUCUGUUCCGAUGUGAGAGGUCGAAACUCUGUGUGUCCAGAGAACUGCUCUGCAACGGACAUGUCAACUGCGGACUGGACAAGUUUGGAAAUCUAGACGACAGUGACGAGAAAUGUGUGGCCACUGGCAGUGGGUUCGGGUGGUCUGGGGGCUUCUGGGGCAAAAACUGGAAUGUGGUGCUGUCCAUAGGAGCCGUGCUCACUGUGACCAUACUGGCCAUAGUGUCCUACUACCUCAGACAUCAGGCCAUUCUCAGGGCCAGGAGGAAGCGCAGAGUCGAGGCGAUGCACAAACGUGAGCGCCACUUCGACGACCCCCUGCCACCAGUGCCCCCUCCCCUCUCCCUAUCAGAAAUGGGCACCCAGUCCUCCCUCAACCUCACAACUGCCAAGAACCCCCCCAACGACUACUCAAUGCUCCCACCCACCCCGUACGACAUGAUGAACGCCGCCAACGGACAAAAGUACCCCACUCAUUUUGGGAUGCCAGACGUAACCGCAGUUCAAAUCCAGGCAGCUCGCAAUCCAGGCACUGGUACCAUGCCCCACCCCCAGUCGACUAGAGGGGUUACAGGAGGAGGGGGCGGUGGUGGUGGGGGGAUGCAUUGGGCUAGUGGCAACUUCCGCAGAUCCCAGUCGGCAGCCUCCUCCAAGGCCUCUUCGUCCCCCACCAGUAGCAGAUCUGCACCCGCGUCUAGACACCCCCCUGCUCCCAAUGGAUGCCAGCAACAGCAUUCGGCUCAGAUGAACCCUCGCAACAGUCACCGAACUCUUAUGAGCGACUCCAACGACAGCGACUCGGCAGUGUUCUCGGGAAGCGAACGCGGAGGAGUAGUCUCGAGUGUGAAUGGGUGUCGACGCAAACACCACCGAGAUUGCCCCCAUAAGAAGAGUCGCAGUAACUUCCGACACUCGAACCACCCGAACCGAGAGUGGGAGAUCCAAUACGACCCCAAUAACCCGAACGCAAUGGCAAAUGUCCAGGCACCAUGUAUGUGCCAAGGAAGCACCAGCCAGUUCCAGGGUCACCCGAGCGUCGGAGGACAAUUUCACUGCCAUAGCAUGAUGCAGAACCCAAACUAUGUUGAGCUAGUCAACCCAUUUGUGGAGCAGCAGAGUUCAAACGGCCGAAGAUCUCGAAGCCAAGACUUCUUAGACAUAAACGAAGCACACGGAAUACCUCAUCAAGUUCGACUGCAGUCGGCCAGCAAUCUCAGAAACGAACAGCAGAGAGGAAGAAAUGGUAAAUUCAGUCACAACAACGUCGCCUACAGGUCCAGUCAGGGCUACCACUCGGAAAACGACAGCUACAGGGCCCCCCUGGCUAAGACCAGAGGCAGACCAGUGAUGGGGGGAAGCAGGGGGUACAAGAGUGAGACGGAUGACGGGGGAAGUAGUGUUGUGAGUGCUGGGGGGAGGGGCAGCAGUAGUAACCAUGGCAACAACCACAGGGCCACCACAGCGCAGAGAGCGUUCGCGUUGCUCAGGAAACAGCAGCAGGAGCAAAUGCGGAUGCAGCAGAAACAACAAUUACAGACGCAUCAAUACGAGCAGAUUCAGAUUUAAUGAAACACUCUUCUUCUUUUGUUAAAAACUACGAAGGACUUUGAAAAAUUAGACGAUUAGAGUUUCUGUUGUUAUGAUAACCCAGAUGGAUUUCUGUUUUAAUUUGUAAUAUUUCUCAAAUACAUUUCUGUUUUCCA